CUCCAAACACUGAGUAGUGGACACACAGAGUUCUGCACUCUCUUUCACUGAAGAAAGAGCAGAACAGAAAUAGAGGAGAACAAAAAAAAAUCCUAUGGCUUCUUGUGCAGAAGCAAGGCUCAAAUCCCUGUGCCACCAUCCACUCUUCAUCAUCUUGCUUGCUCUCUCAUUGCUGCAGACAAUCACAACACUGGAUGAGCAGGAGGCUGAUAGGGUUGCCUUCCUCCCUGGGCAGCCAAGGAGCUCACAGCAGGUCUCUCAGUUCUCAGGUUACAUCACUGUGAACAGCCAGAAUGGCAGGGCACUGUUCUACUGGUUCUUUGAGGCCCAGUCACUGCCCUCCAAGAAGCCUCUCCUUCUCUGGCUCAAUGGAGGUCCUGGCUGCUCAUCUGUGGGCUAUGGAGCAGCUUCUGAAUUGGGGCCACUCAUGGUCAAUGGAAAUGGUACUGGUUUGGAAUUCAACAAGUUUUCCUGGAAUAAAGAGGCCAAUUUGUUGUUCUUGGAAUCUCCUGUUGGAGUUGGCUUCUCUUAUACAAAUACCUCUUCUGACCUAGACAACAUUGACGACCGUUUCGUCGCUGAGGACUCCUACAAUUUCUUGGUGAAUUGGUUCAAGAGGUUUCCUCAGUACAAAAACCAUGACUUCUACAUCUCUGGAGAGAGCUAUGCAGGGCACUAUGUUCCUCAGCUUGCUGAUGUGGUUUAUGAGCGCAACAAGCACCUUGAAACAGAUCAGCAUAUCAAUUUGAAAGGGUUUAUUGUUGGCAAUGCAGAGACUGAUGAUUACUAUGACUACAAGGCACUAGUCGAGUUUGCAUGGAGUCAUUCAGUGAUCUCAGAUCAACUUUAUAAGCAUGUCAACAGUGUCUGCGACUUCAGGUUAUCACCCCGUAGCAAUGAGUGUGACCAUGCAAUGGGAUCUGUAUAUUCCCAGUAUGACAUGAUUGACAUUUUCAAUGUAUACGCACCUAAGUGCAACAGUGAUCAAUCAGAGCUCUUUUCCACCUCUGACGGUACAGCUGCUAUGAAAGCUAAGAAGAGACUUAAAGGAAUGAGGAUGUACUCAGGGUAUGAUCCUUGCUAUUCGAUGCACAUCGAAGAUUACAUGAACAAGAUGGAUGUACAGAAAUCACUUCAUGCGAAUACCAGUGGAUUGAUCAAGGAUAGAAGAUGGAGUAUCUGCAGCUAUUCAAUUUUCGACAACUACAAUAUCACGGUCUUCUCUGUUCUUCCUAUUUACUCUAAGCUUAUUAAGGCUGGACUAAGAGUCUGGAUGUACAGCGGCGAUGUGGAUGGUAGGGUUCCAGUUAUUGGAUCCCGGUACUGCGUAGAAGCCCUCGGCCUUCCUAUUAAGUUGCAGUGGCAACCAUGGUACCUAAACAAUCAGGUUGCUGGGAGAUUUGUUGAGUAUCAAGGGUUGACAAUGGCCACUAUCAGAGGAGCAGGCCAUGCAGUGCCUCAAGACAAGCCAGAACAAGCACUUGUGCUAAUUAAUUCCUUUCUUUCAGAAACGCAACUACCAACAAAAACCAACCGAUGAAUUCAACCUUGAUGAGAUUUACUCAAAGAGAACAGCAAAGAAUAAAUAAGUAGUAGCAUAUGAAAAUAUGAAAUAAUACGUGUAUUUUAGGCGCUUUCUGUGUGCAAUUGUCAGUGU